GGGUCGCCCGUCCGCCCCGCACGAUGCCGCCCGUCCCCGCCGGCCCGGGCCGCAGCCUGUCCCGCCUGCGGGAGCGGCGCAGCCGUUCUGGCGUCAUGCUGGCCCUGGGCGGCGCGCAGAUGGUCCUGGGCGGCCUCAUCGUGGCCGUCAGCUUCGCCGCGCUGGCGCUCACCACCUCCGCCCGCGUCCGCCACUCCUGCCCCUUCUGGGCCGGCUUCUCGGUGCUGUUGUCAGGAUUGAUUGGUGUUGUUUCCUGGAAAAGACCCCUCUCACUUGUGAUAACCUUUUUCAUGCUGCUCUCUGCAGUGUGCGUAAUGCUGAACUUGGCUGGUUCCAUUCUCUCCUGUCAGAAUGCUCAACUAGUAAACUCUCUGGAAGGAUGUCAGUUGAUUAAAUUUGACAGUGUGGAGGUGUGUGUUUGCUGUGAAAUGCAACAUCGGUCAUCAGGUUGCAGCAAUCUCGGAGAAACGCUGAAACUGAACCCACUUCAGGAGGACUGUAAUGCUGUGAGGAUUACUUUAAAGGAUCUGUUAUUCAGUGUGUGUGCUCUCAAUGUCAUCUCCACCAUUGUCUGUGCUUUGGCAACAGCAAUGUGUUGCAUGCAGAUGGUUUCUUCUGAUGUGCUCCAAAUGUUUCUCCCACAGAGAUCACAUUCUACCAACCCAGACUGCAUGAUACCCCAUGGAGCCAUUCUCCAUCAGACUUUGGAUUUUGACGAGUUUAUACCUCCAAUACCUCCUCCACCCUACUACCCACCGGAGUACACCUACACACCUGUCAUGGAAGCCCAAAGGGGGCUCCAUUUAGACUUUCCACAUUCUCCCUUCAGUACUUUCUAUGAAGUGGCAAUCAACAGUCCUGGGAUUCUCUACCCAACUGAACUCCCUCCUCCUUAUGAGACAGUGAUUGGACAGACUCCUGCAAGCCAGGUAACCAGUGGGGAUCAACAAGUGACUGAGUCCAGCUUGGGGGAUCAAAAUACAACUGCUGGGUUCAGCACCCAAGUUUCUGUUGACAGUACCUCUCUACUGGUCUCUGAAGCGGCUGAUAUUCCAGAUCAUAACUACUCUUCAGAGGACCUUUGUUCUCUGGAAGUUCAAGGAUCUCUUCGCUCUGCAGACUUUUCUUCGUUCGGUUCCAAUUGCAAAGCGGCCGCGGACAGUAGCAGUGGCAGCUUGGACCACAGCAUUCACUGCAGCUUCCACCGGACUUUUUCACCACGAUCUCCCAUCGAGGACAGAGGCUGUCGGUACAGAGCUCCUCCGGACCGACUUCGUGUCCGGGACUACGACAGUAUCCUUCCCUACGCCGGGUCUUCAGACUGCUCUCCAGAGGAUUUCAGUCUUUCGGAACGAGAAUCCCAGGGUUCCGUUAGAGAGAACAAAUCCACGCCACCCUUUAAACAGAUGAAAAUGUGCUGCGGGGUCUUUGGCCAGACUUCCGCCGCCCACUCUCAGCCCUGCCUCUGUUCAGUUCCCACCGACUCCUCGCCACAUCAUCACUGUCCCGAGGGAACCGUCCUUCCACGGCACGGUAGGAAACCCCGGAUUUCAAGUAUCGUCCGAUCGACUAGUGAUCCGGUUUCAUGUUCAUCCAGCACUGAAGGGGAUGCUUCUUACACACCUACAGACAGCCAGCAUCACGAUGCACAAAUAAGUCCAGCUGCUUUAGAGACAGUUUCCAUUUCUAGCUCUUACAUGGCUGCCUCUGCUUGUCAGGACCAUUUUUUACCAACGGCAAAACAAAGAGAUACCGGGCAAGUUGACGAACAGUUAAAGCCAAAGGCCUUACAAACCAUCUCAAAAGAGCGGCCACAUUCAUUAGUGGACAUUAAGGCAUAUAAAGAUACAAAAGUUUUGGUGGCUAAAUUUUUGGAACAUUCAAACUGUAAUCUCCCUCCAGAAGUGCGGCAUGUGGUGAACAGUAUACGAUCAGUAAUCAAAUCUGAUGAACGACAUAUGGAAGAAGCCAUCUUCAGUGCCAACAUUAUAGACCAGGUAAUUACAAGUUCCCAGAAAAAUGUGAUUAUCUCUAGAAAGCACCUUCAGAAAGACCUGCAUCUCCAGAGCUGUGGAGCUCUGAGUUCCGCAGUUUCUCUCCUAAGGGUGGCCCAAGUCAGUCCCCCUUGUGAGCGGGACAGGCCCCACAGUUUCGUUGGAGUUUGCCGGGAGACCAUCCUUUAAUAUCAAAGCUGGACCUACAUAGGACAGACUGAUCCCCGCGAGAACUACUUCCCUCUGAAUCCCAGACAGAUGUGAGUGAUGGCUCAAAGACAAUGAGAAAGAGAAGCAUCUUCCUGCCAGAUUAUGUUUCUUCUUCAACAGAAAGAGGAUAUUGAAUGGAUUUUUCUGAAUGUCAAAAGCAAAGGCUUAUUCUCAUUCUGCAGUGAAAAGCAUCUUCCUAGUGGAAUUGACUUCUCAGAAGUGCUGGUUCAAAUGCUGCUAGGAGACAGCGUUUCUAGAAAAUCUUCUCCAAGCCACAAGAGACCUGUUUAUAUGACUCAGAAGUUAUACCUAUGUAAUGUACUGUACCUCAAAGUGUUUUAACAAUGAUCAGUGGUUUAAUAAAAAGUAUUUCUGGACUUUU